GCCACACGGGCGGCACCGGCGACACCGGCGACACGGGCGGCAGGAAUGCGGAACCGGCGCGCGGACUGAGCCCCGGGAUGGCGCAGGGGCGGCGGCGGCGCGCGGCCUGCGCGGGGCCCUAGCGAGCGGCGGAGCUGCGGGCCCGGCCAUCGCGGCCAUCGCGGGCGUCGCGGGCGUCGCGGGCGUCGCGGGCGGCCAUGGCCAAGGAGCGGCGGAGGGCGGUGCUGGAUCUGCUGCGGCGGCCGGGGAACGCGCGCUGCGCCGACUGCGGCGCCCCGGAUCCCGACUGGGCCUCCUACACGCUGGGGGUCUUCAUCUGUCUGAGCUGCUCUGGGUUCCAUCGGAACAUCCCCCAGGUCAGCAAGGUCAAGUCCGUCCGCCUGGAUGCCUGGGGUGAGGCCCAAGUGGAGUUCAUGGUUUCUACGGAAACGAGGCCGCAGAGCCAUUGCGAGUCCCAAGUGCCGCCCUUCUACUACCGGCCCGCGUCGUCUGACUCCGCACUCCUCCGAGAGCAGUGGAUCCGAGCCAAGUACGAGAGGCAGGAGUUCAUCCUGCCCGAGAAGCAGGAGCCGUACUCAGCAGGGUACCGCGAGGGCUUUCUCUGGAAGCGAGGCAGGGACAACGGGCAGUUUUUAAGCCGGAAGUUUGUGCUGACCGAACGAGAGGGGGCCCUGAAGUAUUUCAACAAGAACGACGCCAAGGAGCCCAAGGCUGUCAUGAAGAUUGAGCACCUGAAUGCCACCUUCCAGCCAGCUAAGAUAGGCCACCCGCACGGCCUGCAGGUCACCUACCUAAAGGACAACAGCACCAGAAACAUCUUUGUCUACCACGAGGACGGGAAGGAGAUCGUGGACUGGUUCAACGCGCUGCGAGCUGCCCGCUUCCACUACCUGCAGGUGGCCUUCCCAGGGGCCAGCGAUGCAGACCUGGUGCCGAAGCUGUCCCGGAACUACCUGAAGGAAGGCUACAUGGAGAAGACAGGGCCCAAGCAGACAGAAGGGUUUCGGAAGCGAUGGUUCACCAUGGAUGACCGGAGGCUCAUGUACUUCAAGGACCCGCUGGACGCCUUCGCCCGAGGCGAGGUCUUCAUCGGCAGCAAGGAGAGCGGCUACACCGUGCUGCAGGGCCUCCCGCCGUCCACGCAGGGCCACCACUGGCCGCACGGCAUCACCAUCGUCACGCCCGACCGCAAGUUCCUGUUCACCUGCGAGACCGAGGCGGAGCAGAGGGAGUGGGUGGAGGCCUUCCAGAGGGUGGUGGACCGGCCCAUGCUGCCCCAGGAGUACGCAGUGGAGGCCCACUUCAAGCAUAAACCCUAGCGGGGUGGCGUGGAGACCCGAGACACCGAACUCAGCUCACGUGUGGCCGUGGGGCAGCGCUGGACCGUGGGGAGCCUGGGCGCGGCCAGGGGGCCCCGGGCUGUGGCCGCUGGGACGUGACACUCCGGAACCUCACUGCAGGUGGACCCAACCGUGCUGCUGCUGACCCGCACACCUCCCUGCCCGCUGGACGCCCCCACUAACCCUCCUGCUGCCCAGCCCAGCCCGAGGGGACUCCUGGGCUUCGGGGCAGGACCGCGGGCUGGGCUGCUGUGGACAGCAGUGGCCGAGGGCUGGCCUGGCUGCUGGGGACUCACUCUGGGACCUGCCGCAUGUCUCCCCCCUCCCCCACCUCAAGUAUUUAUUGAGCACCUGCUGUGGGUCACAGCGGGGUGGAACACAGUCUCCUCUGUCCUCCAGCUGCCCAGCCAGGGCUGCUGGGCGGUUCCCAGGACAACAGCGAGCACAAAGUGCUCCCAGGACGCCUCAGGGAGGAGUUUGGCCAGGGGCCGCCGGGCGCCAUCGCAGGGCCCAGCUCCAGGAGGCGGCGAGGCUUCUGUCUGAGCGUGGGUACCCCGCGUGCCCAGCUCGGUGCUCAGCCCUGACCUGUGGCCUUUGAACCCUGUGAGGACACUGGCUGGAACCCCCAAGAGGUCGCCACAGGCAGGGGUGACCCUGCAGCCCAGCUCCCCACCCCACCAGGGCCCCGCUCUUGCUGCUGGCAGGCCAGUAGUUAAAGCCACCUGUUUUUAUUUCUUCCCUGAUGUCCUUCCUGUGCUGCUCCUGGUCACCUGCACAGCUGGGCUCCCCUUUUCUGGAACCCCGCACAGCAGGUCCUGGCUAGCUCAACAGGCCGGCUGGAGUGUGUGGAUGGGGACCACCCCUGGGUGGCCCGGAUGGACCUGGCCCUGUCUGGCUGAGCUGCACCUUGGGGAGCUGGAAGAGGGUUUCUCAGGCUGGGUGUCCUGCUGCCCUGUGUCACGUCCUGGAAUAAAGUGUGGCUCUAGUAUG